GUGAGUUGCUCGCAUUAAUACACGAUGCGUGCACAAUGUCCAGUCACCUCAGUCUAUGACUUGUAAGUACUCCGGAGUCUCCAGACUCCAGUCGCUUGCAAUCAGACUUUCGGGAUAAGCUGUCGUUAGAUAUCAUCGAAAUUAGCGCGGAUCAAUGGCUCAUCAGCUGGCGACCUGUACCUUCUGUAAAAUUAUCAGGAACGAGGAACCCGGUGAAAAGAUUUACGAGGAUGAGGACGUUACGUGCAUUAAGGAUAUCAAUCCAGUGUCCACGCAUCAUUACUUGAUAUUGCCGAAUAAGCAUAUACGUAAUGCGAAAACACUUCAGCCUGAAGACUCGGAACUUUUCGACAAGAUCGUCGCUGCGGUAGACAUCAUCUCCGAGAAGAUGAAUCUUGAUCCCGCCUCGACGCGAACAGGGUUCCACUGGCCGCCUUUCAAUACCGUCGAUCAUUUACAUCUACAUGUCAUUUCGCCAGUAGAGAAAAUGAACGCCAUAAGAAAAGUGAUGUUCAAUCCCAAUACGUUUUGGUUUGUCAGCGCAGACUACGUAAAGUCUCGACUGGAAGAUUCUAAGUUGUAGACCAUCAUUGUGAUUUUACUUAUUAUCUGUCUUCCUGACAGCGCGAUAAAAGUCCCGUGCGACCUACCAGUGGAACAUCUGAUGCGGUUGCGGAUUAAAAAAAUUUAGUACAAGAUAGCUUUACAAUUUUAUUUUUAGAACUAUAUUAAACGCGUUGUAAUAUCUGUUGUGGUAUUUAUUAUAUCUGUUAUAGUACUUAUUCAUUAUAUUUUUAAAAGAUUUAUAUAUAUAGUUUUAUGUAGAUUGUUUUUAUGAAAGAAUUAUAGGUACAUAUAAAUUUUUGA